CCUUUUUGGACAUCAAGAGGCGGCAAGCAACCGAACCGACCGAGAACGCGAAAGUGCAUCUCCAUCGAGCGAUCGGUCGGCGCAUGGAUCCGCGGUGCAGCCAGCAGUGGGAGAGCUCGAUGGAGGACGUGUCGACGCCGCUGCUGCCUCUGCAUGACGACGGCAGGGCGGACGGGCGCUCGUGCUCGGCCCUCAGCUCGCUGCUCGCCAACAAGUACCUCGCGAUCGCGGCGGGGCCGCUGGCGUCGGCGCUGAUCUGCGCGUUUGUGGACUUCGGCCACGGGCGCGGCGCGGCGCGCAACAUGCUGGGCGCGCUGGCGUGGGUGUUCAUCUGGUGGCUCACCGACGCCGUGCCGCUCGGCGUGGCGUCCAUGGCGCCGCUGUUCCUCUUCCCCGCGUUCGGCAUCUCCUCGUCGGACGCCGUCGCCAAGGCCUACAUGGACGACGUCAUCUCCCUUGUCCUCGGUAGCUUCAUCCUCGCGCUCGCCAUCGAGCACUACAACAUCCACCGCCGCCUCGCCCUCAACAUCACGUCGCUCUUCUGCGGGGACCCGGUGAGGCCGCCGCUGCUGCUGCUGGGCAUCUGCGGCACCACCAUGUUCAUCAGCAUGUGGAUCCACAACACGCCCUGCACCGUCAUGAUGAUGCCGGUGGCGACGGGGAUCCUGCAGCGGUUCCCGCGCGGCCAGGCGGCGUCCUCGUCCGCCGACGCGCACGAGGUCCGGCGGUUCUCCAAGGCGGUGGUGCUCGGCGUCAUGUACGCGUCCACCAUCGGCGGGAUGUCGACGCUGACGGGCACGGGCGCCAACAUCAUCCUGGUGGGGAUGUGGUCGACCUACUUCCCCGAGCAGCGGCCCAUCACCUUUAGCUCCUGGAUGUCCUUCGGCUUCCCCGUCGCGCUUGUCCUGUUCGCGGCGCUCUGGGUCACGCUCUGCCUCAUGUACUGCUCCAGCAACACCGGAAGAGCGCUUUCGGCUUACCUCGACAGGACCCAUCUCAGGAGGGAGCUCAGCUUGCUUGGUCCAAUGGCUUUUGCAGAGAAGAUGGUUCUAGCCAUUUUUGGGGGCCUAAUUGUGCUGUGGAUGACGAGGAGCCUGACAAACGACAUACCUGGGUGGGGAGUCCUCUUCCACGGGAAAGUUGGGGAUGGAACAGUCACCAUCAUGAUGACGACUCUGCUCUUCAUAAUCCCCAACGGCAAGGGCGGCGGCGAGAAGCUCAUGGACUGGGGCAAGUGCCGGAAGCUGCAGUGGAACAUCAUCCUCCUCCUCGGCGCGGGCUUCGCCAUCGCCGAGGGCUUCAAGGCGAGCGGCCUGACGGACAUACUCUCGGAGGGGCUGGGCUUCCUGAGGGGCGCGCCGCCGCUGGUGAUCGCGCCCGUGGCGUGCGUCUUCAGCGCCGCCAUCACGGAGUUCACGUCCGACGACGCGGCCACCACCCUGGUCCUGCCGCUGCUGGCGGAGCUGGGAAAGACCAUCGGCGUGCACCCGCUGCUGCUCAUGGUCCCCGGCACGGUCGGCGCGCAGCUGUCGUACCUGCUGCCCACCGCCUCGCCGCCCAACGUCGUCGGGUUCGGCACCGGCUACAUCACCAUCAAGGACAUGGUGCUCACCGGAAUACCGAUCAAAGUGGUGGGCGUUGCAACUCUCGCCGUCCUACUGCCAACGCUAGGUUCUGUGGUUUUUGGCAUGGAUCAGAAGUUGUAGGAACUCGAGCAAAAUUCAAGUGCUCUGCGCAUUUCAAAUUGUAGAAUUGGUUAUCCUCUGCCUUGAAAGAACAGGAGCUCGGCCUAUUGCUAUGAGAGGGGGAAGGACUUCUCCUGUACAUUUUAGACAACAGAUUAUGCAGUAGGAUGUUUAGGUUGUACUACUAUACUGUACUCCCUCUGUCCCAAAAUAAAUGUCUUAAGUUUAGUACAACUUUGUAAUAAAAUUAGUACAAAGUUGAGACAUUUAUUUUAUUUUGGGACAGAAGGAGUAUACAGUACACACUAUGUAUAACAAACACCAUUGCCUCA